GCAAAGCAGAUUAUCUGAAGAAGUCAAUCAAUUGAAACAACAAUUUUUAGAAAUUCAAACUGUUCUAGUAUCUAUUCAGAAUAUUCUAAUGAAUCGAAUUCAUCUCAACUGUUUGCAUACUACUUCAUCAAUACCUCCAUAUCCGUUGAAUCCGUCCAUUUCUUCAUCGAACAAAAACAAUAGUAAUAUUCCAACAUUUUCACCCAUUAUUUCAGUAGUAAAUAGUAACAUGCUGUCUACCAAUGAUGAAAUGGAUUCCUCUUUGAACAAUGUACAUAAAUAUUAUGAUAAUACUGCGUUUAUUCAUAAUCCCUGUAUGAAAUCUGAUAGCGUUGUUUAUCUAACCACCUGUUCAUCACAAAGCCUACCGACAGCGACACCAAUUCACAUAUCUGAAAUCUCUAAACCUCCAGCCAUUCAUACAUCAUUUAUGCCUUUAGAAAUCCUAACAAACCAUUCAUCUGAAAACACCGUUAUUACACCGAGUAUUUCAUCCUCACCUUCAAUUUUAUCUGCUGUUUGUGACUCGAUUCUAUCUCAUAUCCCACUGUCUGUGGUGAAUAAGACUUCAUUGGGUAGGUUGCCUGCUGUACUGAUUUUUUGUUGUCUUAAUGUUUUGUCACUUCAGUGUUCCUAACCUCACAUUUACCACCAACUAAUAUUAUUCGAAAUUAACACUUUUUCAUGCCUGCAAUUUCCAACUAGAAAUUGUAGUGGUGAAGUCCAUUGGAACUUUGAACACCUCUACAACCUGUGGUUAUUUCUUUAGUCGCCAUUCAUGAGGUGUGACUAGUUGGUGCAACUGAUAGCUGGCUACCUUGUCGUGAUGGUCGAG